AUGCUUGCCCACUUCAAAUCUCUGUCCCUGGCCUUUCUUUCACUGGCUACAGGUGUCAGCUCCCAACCUCAAGCACCCACUCUUGAGCCUUUGGAAGCAUAUGCCUUUUCGUAUUUCACAGGCAACUCCCUUGAAGGCGAAAAGAUCUACUUUGCCGCCAGUAAGGGCAACAAUGCACUGGAUUGGCAGGAACUCAAUGGCGGAAAGCCUGUUUUGAGUUCAACAAAGGGAACCAAGGGCUUGCGAGACCCCUUCAUCAUUCGCUCCGUCGAAGGCGACACCUUCUUCCUCAUCGCCACCGACCUUUCUAUUGGUAGCGGUACAUCAUGGGGUGACGCUGUCCGAAAGGGCAGUCUUUACCUUGAGAUCUGGGAGUCGAACGAUCUCAUCAACUGGUCUGAGCAACGACAUGUCAAGGUGUCCCCCGAUAAUGCCGGAAACACCUGGGCUCCUGAAGCCUUCUGGGACGACGAGAAGAAUUCCUAUGUUGUGUUCUGGGCGUCAUCCCUGUACAACACGGCCGACCACUCUGACAACUCUUACCAUCGUAUGAUGUAUUCUCUCACUCGCGAUUUCGUUACCUUCUCUGAGCCUGAGAUCUGGCAGGACAGCAAGACAUCGCGCAUUGACACUACUGUCCUCAAGUCAGGCAAUUCAUUCUACCGAUUCACCAAAGAUGAAGGAUCUGUCAGCGGAUGCACCGAUAUCAUCCAAGAAAAGUCAUCGACUCUGCUCGCCGACGUUGAUGGAUGGGCGGUUCAAGCGACUUGUAUCGGCAAGAACGCUGGAUUGCAAGCUGUUGAGGGACCUACAGCUUUCAAGUCUAAUGCUGAUGAUGCACACGGCGAGAAGUUCUAUCUGUUUGUGGAUGAGUAUGGUGGUCGUGGUUAUGUGCCUCUCGAGACAGCAGAUUUGGAUAAGCCUGCCUGGAAGGUUUCGGCUAACUAUAAACUCCCUACUAGCCCCCGACAUGGAACUGUUAUUCCUAUUACCAAAGCAGAGCACGAGAAGCUUAUGAGUGCUUAUGGUGCAUAG